AUGUCCAAGCAAGCAGUAUUGACUGACAAAGCUCCAAAGCCUCUCCCAGGCAUCUACAGCCAAGCCAUUGUUGCCAAUGGUUUUGUGUACUGCUCUGGCCAGGUCCCGAUGGAUCCAGCAACCUCGAAAUUGGCCGAGGGCGAUAUUCAAGCACAUACGCACCAAUGUAUCAAGAAUCUAGGAGUUGUGCUAGAGGCCGCUGGUUCAAGCUUGGACAAAGCUGUCGAAGUCAACGUUUUCUUGAGUGAUAUGAACGACUUCGCCAAAAUGAACGAGAUUUAUAUGCAAUACUGGGGUGAAGUCAAGCCAGCAAGAACUUGCGUCGCGGUCAAGACAUUACCGUUGAACACCGAUGUGGAGAUCAAAUGCAUUGCAGUCUUGUAG